AUGACGAACGUGGCUUCUUCUCGCGCUUCUACCACCAAUAUCGCGUCGCCUUCGCCUUCGUCGAGAAGAGUGAGAACAACACCUAGUAUCCUCUGCGCCUCGUCCAAAACAGACGCGACUUCCACGAUACAAGAAGGAAAAGAAGGAGAGAUUGAGAGCGUAACAACACGAAAAAUCGAAACAAGAAGACGAAGAGGAAACUACGCGCCAACUGAAUUGGAUGUUCUGAACGAUCCGUCCACCUUUGGAGAGUGCAUAUAUUCGCACGCCGAUUGGUCGCACGCGUACGCAUCCACGAGGAAAGAAUCUGAAUACACCAUCGCGGCUGAAAAUAUUGUCGGAGAGAUACCGAAGGAAUUACGCGAAGGUAUUUUGUACCGCGUAGGACCAGGGAAGUUUGAGCGAGAAACUCAAUAUAAACACAUGUUAGAUGGAGAUGGCCUCGCGUUACGUUUUGAGUUCAACAAAGACGGUAGCGUUCAAUUUCUCUCCAAGUUUGUGCGAACGAAAGAGUUCAAAGAGGAAGAAGCGCGCGGGAAAAUUCAAUAUCGGGGCACGUUUGGAACUAUGAGAGAGGGCGGUAUUUUGAACAAUUUUGGCGAUAUUCGAACGAAAAACCUCGCUAAUACGAACAUUUUACAUUGGAACGAUCGCGUCUUUGCGCUGUACGAAGCGGGACGCCCAGUGGAACUGGAUGGAAAAACUCUGAAUACGAGUGAAGCUGGGAAGGAAGAAUUCGAUUUCGACGGGUUGGUCCCGGAAGGCCAAGUUUUAAGCUUUGGUUUACCUCGAGAGGUUGAAUCAAGCAUUGGUUUAGGCGGGAAAGCAUUCACCGCGCACCCACACGUGGAUCCAACCAAGGAUGUUCUGUGCGCCUGGUGUUGGAGAAGUUUCGUUUACCCGGAUAAAGCCGUCGAGAUUUCGUUUCACGAGUUCCCCCGAAACUCAUUCGUUCCCGAGAAAACAAUCGUCGCUAGACUCGAAGGGUGCGAAGCAGCGCCGCAUGAUUUCGGCGUGACGCCAAAAUAUUACGUCAUGGCGGUCAAUAAUCUCACAAUCGACCCGUUACCGUAUAUCGCGGGAUUAAAAGGAGCUGGAGAAUGUUUAGUCUCGCAACCGGAUUUGCCUCUCAAGUUUCACCUAAUCCCCCGCGACGGUUUCUCCUCGCCGAUUGUCAUCGAAGGUCCCUCGAAAGCGUUUGAAAUCCACACACCAUUCGCACACGACGGCAUACCCAUAGACGAUAGAUUUGUGAUACCUUCCAGCGAAGCUAAUGACGAAUUUGUGACGUUAUAUUCCGCAGGCUGGGACGAUUUCAAAGAAGGGACGUUUCUCGGCGAAUGGGGCGCGAGCCAAGAAUGGGACUUUCCAAUCGCCUCGAGCUUAACGCCUGAUUUCAACAACAUAGACUCGACCGUUCUGUGGCGAUACGUCGUGAACAUAACGAAGAAAACCAUCGAACGGACCGCGGCACCGGGUUGCGAAAAUCUAUGCAUCGAUCACCCGCAUGUUAAUCCGUUAUACGAGGGAAAGCGGGAGUGUCGUUUCGUGUACGCUUCCUUGAGUAACUUUCGAGGCGUGAGUGGUCCGCCUCUUGGUUACGUCAAGAUAGAUUUGAAAACAGGCGAGAGAAAAGUGUGGUGGGCAGGUAAUCGCACGUUUUGUGAAGAAAUAGUAGUAGUUCCGAAAGAGAAUGGAAAGAAUGAAGACGACGUGUGGUUGCUCGGGAUGUUUUCGUCUCACCAAGACGACUUUCCGGACGGUCAGUCUGGAUUGUUCGUUUUAGACGGCGCGAAAGUAGAAAACGGUCCUGUAGCGACGAUAAAACUGAACGAGAGAAUUUCUCACGGUUUACACGGCACAUUUACGCGUUCUUUGAAGUAA